AUGCAAACGACGAAUCAAGGUAACGAUGAUGGCCAAGUCGAUUUUAUACCAUCUCCUACGUUUCAGGGAGCAAAACCGGGGUUUUACUUUGGAACCAGUGGCAAUGGCACUGGCUACUACCUCGAUCGGCUAGAUCAAGCACGAGAAGUAGUAGCCGGCAAGAAACGAAAACGUGCGGUCCGGAUCGCCGAAGAGCAGAAUGAAACCAAACUGAUUCCUAAUCUGCUGGAACAAGCGGAGAAGGAUGCUGCUGGAAGUACCGUCUUGGAGCUGACACCCAAAGGAAUCCAAUCCGCCACCAAAGCCUUGUCCAAGAUUGCCCAACAAAAUGCCAUGCAACGCGCUCAAUUUGCAAACGAACCGCGACAAUAUAUGAACAGCGAAUUGGCAUUGUACGAACAAUUGACAGCAUUACAGGCCGUCGCUGCCAACAUACAUUUAUAUCAGCAUCUAAUCGACAACCAAGCUCUGAUAGAAACCUUGACCGAGUUAUUGGGUCACGACAACUCGGACGUUUCAGCGGCAACAGUGGGUCUCUUUUUAGAAUGGAUUGAUCCUUCUUUACUGUCAUCCACCGACGUUUCCAUGGUUACUAUAUUUCCAGUCAUGAAAGCUCUGGCAUCCCAAGUCCUUCAUGAAGCAUGGGAAGCCAUUGCUGCGAACCUGUCCAAAUCUAGGCAAAGCGAAGAAGAAGAAGAUGAUCCAAACAAUGCCAGUGCUGACAAUGACGAUAAGGAGUCAUCCCUUGAUGGAGUACAGAAUUCUCUUUCGCUCAUGGAAAAUUUGUUGGAAUUGGACUUGAUGUUUCCGAAGGGUCUUCUUGGGACGGAGGAGGAGGAGAAUGAUGAUGAUGAUGAUGACAAAGAUAAGGAGGCUACUAGUAGCCUUUCGGCUGCCGCCUACAUGGUAAAGCAUUCCAACAUACUUUCGUGGCUCUUCCAUCACCUUGAUACGAAAGAAUCCUCUAUCGAACUCAAGGCGAGAUGUGUUGAGAUUUUGUCGUUGUUGUCGCAAAAGGAAGAUAUCUUUACCAUUCAUCCAGAUUGGACGCAAAUCCCAUUGUUGACAGAAGCAGAAGGAGAAAGUCAAUCAUCAUCCAAAAGUGCUGCUAGUACUAAAAAGACCAUCAAUGGCAUUGAGGUGUUACUUCAAACGAUUGGUAAACACAGAAAGAAGCAACCGGAAAGCGAUCAACAGGUGGAAAUCUUGGAGAACACUUGUGCUCUAUUGAGUUCCUGUAUUUCCUUUUCCACUCUGAAUUUAGAAGGUUUCCUCGAAGGUCAAGGCAUCGAACUGGUACUGCGUUGCUUGAAGGAGCGAGUCCAUGCGGGUGGAUCGUCCUUGAAAUUGCUGGAUUUUUUUGGUACCUUGCCCAUCCACAAAAAGGCCUGCGAAUCCUUGAUCAAGGCGGGUGGAUUGAAAUACCUCUUUCCCUUGCUACUGGGUACCCGCAUACCGAAUCCAACGGAUGCAAAAGUCGGUACUACAACACUAUCGGUCAAGGCCAAGAAAGAGUGGUAUCAGUCCAUCCAAACCCAAGUCAUUCGAAUAUUGUAUUCGAUCAGUCGGUAUAUUGAUGACGACUCUCCCGAGGAUGCCAAGGUUCGAUUUGUCUCGAAAUUUGCAGCCGACGAGCGAAAAUGCGAUCGUCUCGUGGAACUAUUGUUGCACUAUGAUCAAAAGAUGCGGACGGCCGAAUACAACUUUUAUCUGCAUUCUCCGGAUGAUGAAGAAGAAGAAGAAGAUCAAGAAUUUGUGCAAUUGGCGGCCAUGGAUGCCAAACUCCAAGGCGGUGGGGAAUUGUUCCAUCGGCUGGGAGCGACGACGGCCUUUGUGUGUUUGCAUUCCAAAAAAUGCCACGCCCGCAUCUUGGAACAACUCCAAUUGCAACGAUCGGGAAUGGGAUUGAUACUCAGCGCGUUGAACGAAUUCGCAUCCGUGUUGGGAGAGGGUACCCAAAAGGAUCAAAUACAGUCCCUGAAGGCAAAGCUAGUACACUAG